AGAGGAGAGUCACGAGAGGAGAUUUGGGAGAAUUACCUGAGAAGUCGGGAGAGGAAGUCAUCAUCCAGCAUUUAAACGCUGGGGUUUUAUUGAGAACAUCUCAAGUAAAAUGGGUGCGUGGCUUAACUACACACACUAAUCCAAUCCCCGUGUAUUUCUCCCACAGUGCUUUGCUGCGAUGUGGUUUAACGUUACCCAGCGUUAGCAGCCGCUCACAUUACAGCCACAGACUGCAGCACACACUGGUGAGUGGGCUUAACGCGGCUAGCUAACGGUAGCAAGGAAACAAAUGAAACACCGUAUCUGCUCGGAACUGCUCCGGGGCCCGAGUCGACCACAAGCCGACUGCAGCAACCAGAAGUUGAAUUCCAAGUGAGGGUUACCGGGAAGGAUGCACUGAGAGCUAAGCACGUCUCCGGGGCGAGAAACCAACAAGAAGUCCGUUCAGAGAGGUUUUGGCUUUAGUUGGGCUCAUAUCAGAUGGAGGACACAUUCACUGCAGUGAUCUUAUCAGCUGACUGAAAACUCAGCUACUAUGCCUUCUGUUGGACUGCUGUUGUAAAUGUGGUAACCAUGGCUUCUCGCAAGGUAGACGAGCUACCGGGUAACACCAAGGAUUUAGCUUCAGUCUCCGAACAGCAUUCCAGGUGCGGCCCCGAUGACAUCACCGAAGAGCUUCCGUCGGAUACGAUGAACGCUACGGUGAAAUCCCAGAAAUCUGGAAGAUUUAGGAGGACUGCCCUGACAUUCUUUGGAGUUCGUAAAAGCAUCUGUAUUUUACCCAGCUUUUUUGGAGGAAGGAGUAAAAAUCCGAGCAAGUGGUCUUCUAAGAAAGGCAUCACCAAAAGCAGAACACAUGAUGGGCUAAGUAAAGUUAGUCAUGAUGACAAUCUGAGAAGUGGGUACACCUCAGCUAGAGAUUUUGAGUACUGCAGCCAGAGGGACUCUGCUGGAGACCUCCAUAGUAGCUGCCACAAUGAAUGUAGUCACCCCACUGCUGACCAGAAAUCACUGACCCUCACCCGGCAGAAAAGGGGUUUAAGGGGUCUUUUUAACAGUUUUAAGUACAGAAACCAUCGAAAUGUUGGCUUGGAUAAAACUGAAAUGAUUGCAAUGACCUCUCCUCACUGCAAGAAAGAGGUGCCUGUUGUCCAGGACAACACCAGCCAGUAUGUCACAGAGUGCCUGGGAUCUGAGCCUGAUGUGCCUGAUUUUGCAGACGUUAUAUGUGAUAUUUCCAUUGGUCCUGAAUGUAUUGACACAGUGGCUUUAGAGAAGAGUGUGGAGCAAGAAAGCCUAAAGUCUAAGCUUGAUGGUCAGAUGUGUGAUGAUCAAAUGGAGGAAAUGAGUUUGGUGGCCCUGGUUUCCAGUGACUAUGAGGAGAGCUCUAGAGGACAUAGUGAGCCUUGUCUGAAACUUCACACAAUGUCGGAGCCUGUAUUGAAGUCCGAAACACCUGCUGGCUCAUCGGAUCAGCUAAACCUGAUUUUGGGAGAUGUUGCAUCAUUAAAAAGCUUUGAUUCACUCACUGGCUGCGGGGACAUUAUUGCAGACCAAGAAGAUGACAGCAUAACGGAGAGCACAGUUUCUGGAGAGAGGAGCAGAAAUGGAGGAAAGAGGGCUUCUUGUUAUCUUACUUAUCAGGGUGGUGGCGAAGAAAUGGCCUCACCAGAAGAUUUGGAUGAGGAGGAUUUCUGGGGAAAUAAUGUGUCAGAGGAAAUGUGCUAUACAUGCAAUCAAGACCACACCGAUUUGACCGCUGACCUUACAAGUUCUCACAAUAUGGACUUACUGAACAGUAACAGUGCACCGCAAGCCAGUGGCAUGGACACUUCUUCAAUUGCUGAUGUGUUGACUCCUCAAAGUGAGCAUCAAGAAUCUGUUCCAAAUAGUGACGAGGGCUACUAUGAUUCAACUACGCCGGGGCCAGAUGAAGGACAAGAAAAAACGGACAGACUAAGGACAGACAGAUUGCCCAGGGACAGUUACAGCGGUGAUGCCCUCUAUGAACUUUUUGCGCCUGAUGAGAGCCUCAUCAGUCCACAUUAUGAAAACAAAUCAAAACUUCCCGGUUCAAAACAGUGCGAGUAUUUAAGUGAGCCAGUUGGUGUGACACAUUCUGCCUUUGUCCCAGAAAUGAACCGUUUACAAAUAAGUGCUGAACUGUACAAAGUUCAUGAUUUUCUAGAGAGGCCGAGCACAUGCGGUAAUUCCUCGGAGUUGGCACAAAAUGUGGUUGGUCGGCAGGAAGUCAGCACGAAUAAAAACUGUAAUCUAAAUUCAAAACCACGAGCAACAGUCAACAAGAAUAAUACGGAGCCGGAUGUAUUUGAUGAAGAGGAAAGUAUGCCUGCUUCCACGGAAAAAAGAACAAAAUCCAUGAAUGCGGAUUGUGAGAAAAGGCACAGCAGCAUAUCAUUCGGAAGUACAUCAGACCCAGAUUUUGAAACAUUUUGUGAACCCAACGAGCAACAUCUUGAGGAAAACAAGCCCGUGGCUUUACCAUACAGGAAUAUCAACCCUCAGUCUCCAGAUUGUAACAAUGAUUUGGAUGAUGGACAAACCGUGAGUUUCUCUCAAGCACUUGUGGACUACACGAAACACUCUCAGAUGCUGAGUGACUUGCAAAACAGUGCGGACGAUUCGGAGACAAACUCUGCCUUCACUCCAAAUAUGCAGGCCUUACCUACCAUAGUCACAUUCGAUGUAGUGGAUAUGCAUAAUGAGGGAGAAUACGAUGAGCAGAUCCAGAUGGAACUGGAGGAGGACAUCUCAUCGCCCUAUCAGGAAUUUGAAGAAAGCUACCUGCAAAAAGAUGCAUUUGCUGAAUGUGACUAUCAAAUGUUAGACCUGUAUGAGCAGAACCUGAUCAGUAAUACAUGGGCAAUUGCUAGUCUCCCACGGCACCUAGGCCUUACAAGAGUCAGUCAGUCCACACCUAAUCCGUUGUCUCUAGACAGGAGAAGUAGGUCUCUGGACACAGAAAGCCUCGAGUUGAAGAUGCCUGACACAUGCAGAGAGAACAGAGCUUGUCCUCAAACUGAAAAGGACUCUGAAAGAGAUUCCUCACCAUAUUACAAAAAGAAUGUACUCGUGUCUGCAUCGGAGGUUAGAGACAGUAGCAGCAUUAUGGCCUUAUCAUGGCAAACAAGGUCAGAAAUGGCUUUAAGCCUUCCUCUGACAGAUGGGGAAAUCACUGAAAAAGUACAGGGUCUCAGUCAAGCCCAAGUAAAACACAAAAUAUUUUCUAGUUCAUCCAGCAGUGAUUUUCCUAACAGCAGAACGCAACAUCUAUGCUCUAACGUGUCGGACAGAGAGUCUUGUGAUUUAAUUUCACAGAAUGCAGAGCUUUACAAUAGGCAGUGUCGCCUUCCUUUGCAAUCAGAUCCUUGUUUACCUCAUAGCACCUUUGUUUAUUCUGGAAUGAUGGAGGAGGUGUCAGAUGAUGUUGAGAAUAUUUUUUGUAAAGCCGCUAAUCUUCAACCCUAUAAUCGGUGUGGUAAGAACAGACCAGUGGCUAGUAGGGAGGGAUUAUCUCAUUCUGGGAGUCCUGUGAACGCAGGUGUGCCUAAAGAAGAAAUGGCUGUCCUCAGCGAAACAAGAACACCCAGGGAUGUCGUCGCCUGCAGCAAACUCCCCGAGGCAACCUUUGAUUGAAAGCCUCUCACUCAUUACGUGUAUAUGUGCCAAUUAGUGCUUUUAUGUUACACCCAAAGGAGUAAUUGUUGCUUACUUUGUACGUGCACAACUGAUUCCUCUGAAACGUUGUUGUACACUGUGAUAGACAGGACAUGAGUUGAUAUUUGAAACUAUGUGCUAUCAUGCUGAGUCAAGUACAUCUUUCUGGGAAGUCAAAAGGGAUGUUCUGCAUUUGCACAGUAACAGUUGCUUGCUUCACACACGUCACAUACUUGUCAGUCCAUUGAAAGUAAGUUAUGCAAGUAAUUGUUUCAUUUGCUUUGCUCACAGGUUCAUCUCAUUAAGCUAUUAAGUUUUACUAGAAUGUUUAAACCCAUGUGUAGCCUCAGUAUCCAGGUAUCAAUAGUAGUGCCACAGUUGUGUAAUGGGCAUCUGUUAGCCUGGUUUCCAUAGAACAGCCAAGCUGGGCUUUCCCAGUCUUGCUUACUUCACCCCAAAACACACGUAUGCUCAUGCUUUAAGUGCCGGCUUAUGUUUGUGUUUACUGCUUUUUCACCACUUCCCUUUGCUCCAGUUUUGUCCUGUCAUCAUGAUCAAAUUUAGUGUUUGUAGCUGCUCUUAAUGUACCUAAUUUUCAAUGCAACAACACAAGAGGAGUUCCUCAGAGGGGGAUAUCUCAAUUCACAGAGAGGGAUUAGAGCUCAGUCCACAUUAUAAAACAUGUCCUAACUUCAGUUUCCAUUUCAUUUACACACUGUAGAUAGCCUCAGUACUUUGUUUGUACAGCACGUCGCACAGUUUUUCUGUGUAUGAAAGUGCUUUACAUAAGACAUUGAAGAAACAGUUUAGAGUAAGCCAGAGAAAAAUGUCUAUAAAAUAGUAGAGGAAAACAAAUCAAAGAAUAAAAAGCUAGUGUUACCUAGUCUCAAACUUAUUGCGUUUGCUUCUGGUCUGAUAAGCCAAUUUGGCCUUACUGUGGCUAAUGUUUCAGCGACUAGCUGUGAAGUGCAAAAUUCUUACUGAAAUGACGCACUCAUUAUUGCAUUACUAUAAGCUUGUGGAAUGAAAAAAGUAGUUUGAUUUUGUUUGGAAUUGAAAUGUUAAAAGAUAAACUGGUAUUUUCACCUUGUAUCAUUUUCUUGUGCAUUUAAUGUUUGAUUGGUCAGAGGUUAAACUGUCCGAUGAUGUCGUUUUUUUAUAGUGUUGAAUAAUAUUGAACAAAUGUCAAAUAAUUUGUAUUUAUAUUCUCAACUAUUUGUACACUGUAACAUUGUAUUCCAAAUGGUUAGUAAAAACUGGCAAUAUUCUUUUUGGAUUUUUUUUUUUAUUGUUUCAAAGUUACAUCCAUGUUACAUUAAGGGAUUCCUCUUGAAAAUCUAUUACUGUUUUGUCAGAGUAGAACACUGCCUUACACUAAAAUAAACACGACAAGACAUGUA